AUGGUUGACUUUAAUAAAAAAAGACCCAGUUUCAAUUUGGGGGUUGUAGAUGUGGAAGCAUCAGACAUGAAAAAUAUCGACAAGAAUGCCGAUGUCGGACUUCAGUUCCUGGCACAAGCCGAGAAGAUCGAAUAUACAGAGGAAGAAGAAAAAGCCGUGCGACGAAAGAUUGACUUGCACCUUCUACCAAUUCUCUGCCUGACCUUUGGUCUGCAGUACCUCGACAAGGUGACCACUUCAUAUGCCGCGGUGUAUGGGAUGCGCAAGGAUCUAGGUCUGGUGGGCCAGGAGUAUUCCUGGGCCACCUCAAUGUUCUACUUUGGAUACCUAGUAGCACAGGCCCCAUCGUCCUAUCUUCUCACCAAGUUCCCUAUUGGAAAGUAUGCAAGCUUCAACGUCUUCCUAUGGGGGAUAAUGGUACUGUUAUGUGCCUGUGCGAAGAACUUUGCUGGUUUGGCCGUUCUUCGCUUUUUCAUGGGGGUCUUUGAGAGUGCCAUCGGCCCAUGCUGGGUGACAAUGAUGUCGAUCUUUUAUAAGAACGGGGAGCAAGGUUCCCGCGUCACCACUUGGUACGGGUUCGUCGGUCUGGCAGCCAUCAUCGGAGCACUAUUGGCCUACGGUGUAGGUCAGACAGACUCUGGGGUGGCAGAAUGGCAGCUUGUCUUCUUGAUCUGUGGUGGAUUCACCGUCCUCUGGUCCAUUGUCAUCUUCUUUUUUCUCCCCUCUGAUCCGAUGACGGCCAGAUUCCUGACUCCUCGGGAACGGUUGAUCGCGGUCGAACGCCUUCGCUCGAACCGAACUGGGAUGAGGUCGUCCAUAUUCAAAUGGAAACAAGCCAUGGAGGCCUUGACAGACCCGCAAUGCUGGAUGAUUGCCGCCUGGGCUGGGAUUAGCAAUAUCACUAAUAUCGCGGGGUCUUUCCUGCCGCUCAUCAUCCAGGACAUGGGUUUCAGCGGCCUUACCACGACGCUGCUCACUCUACCCGUAGGGGGUGUAGAGAUCAUAGCUAUGCUGGUUGCAGGGCUGUUGUCAAGCCGCAUGAAGAACGGACGAACUGUGAUCAUGUUCCUGGUCUCUGCGCCCACCCUGGUCGGCAUCGUCUUGCUCGACGUCCUCCCCCAAUCCUCAACAUGGGCUCGUAUCGUUGGCGUAUGGCUUGUUCUUUGUGUCCCAGCUGGCUAUGCUAUCCUACUCAGCCUGAUUAGUAGCAACGUGGCUGGAUUUUCCAAAAAGCUCAUGACCACUUCCAUGGUGUUUGUGGCAUUCUGUGUAGCUAACAUUGUGAACCCGCAGCUAUUUAUCUCAACAGAAGCGCCUCGAUAUGGGACGGGACUGAGGGGAAUGCUUGUCUCGAUCUCUUUGGUGCUAUUUCUCUGCAUACUUAUGUGCUUUUAUUAUAAUUUCGAAAAUCGUCGCCGUGACCGCGAAAGCGCAAAGCUCUCCGAGGGGCAGCAAGUGGUCACCGUCGAAAACGAGGAAUUCUUCGACCGCACUGAUAAGGAGGAUUGGGUUAAAUUUCGAUAUAGUUGGUAG